UAUGAUGACGCAUAAGAUAAUUUUAAGUGACAAAACAAAAACCGAGAUCAAUUUAUAAACUAUAAAUGCGUUAAGCAUUAGAUGGUAAUCAUCAGUGAUAUAUAUUUUGUUAAAGGAGACCAGCAUAAUUUACGAGGAUGCUUCGCUACCUCGUUUUGCUGUCUCUGGCCUCUGUGGCCGUGGCCUACUUUAACCCUCACUAUGCCGCGGGCCGGAGCACCAUGGUCCAUCUCUUCGAAUGGAAGUGGGAUGACAUCGCGGCUGAGUGUGAGCGGUUUCUCGGCCCAAGGGGAUUUGGUGGUAUUCAGGUGUCUCCCGUAAACGAGAACUUGAUCAUCUGGUCUCAUAACCGGCCCUGGUGGGAGCGUUAUCAGCCCAUCUCCUACAGGCUUUUCACCCGUUCUGGAAACGAACAACAGUUCGCCAACAUGGUCCGGCGAUGCAACAAUGCUGGUGUCAGGAUUUAUGUCGACGCCAUCAUCAACCACAUGACGGGCACUUGGAGCGAGAACACUGGAACUGGAGGCAGCACCGCCAAUUAUGGAAACUGGCACUACCCAUCGGUACCUUAUGGAAGAAACGACUUCAAUUUCCCCCAUUGCGUCAUCAGCGGCAGUGAUUACGGUUGCUGCGCUGACAGGGUACGAAACUGCGAGCUUUCCAGUCUGAAGGACUUGAACCAAGGCACUGAGUAUGUCCGUACACAGAUUGUCAACUUCAUGAACCACCUCAUUAGCUUGGGUGUUGCUGGUUUCAGAAUCGAUGCCGCUAAGCACAUGUGGCCAUCGGACCUGCGCGUAAUCUACGACAGGCUACACAACUUGAACACAAAUCAUGGCUUCCCAGCUGGUGCUCGUCCUUAUAUCUACCAGGAGGUCAUUGACCUUGGCAAUGAAGCUGUUAGCCGGAACGAAUACACUCCUCUUGCAGCAGUCACGGAGUUCAGAUUCGGCAUGGAAUUGAGUAGAGCAUUCCAAAGAGGAAAUGCUCUCAGAUGGUUGUACAACUGGGGUCCACAAUGGGGUCUAUUGGCUUCAUCCGUGUCUCUUGUCUUCAUUGAUAACCACGACAACCAAAGGGGCCAUGGCGCUGGUGGUGAUAUCCUCACUUACAAGAGUGCCAGGGCUUACAAGGGAGCUAUUGCCUUCAUGAUGGCUCACCCCUACGGUCAACCUCAGUUGAUGAGCAGUUUCGCCUUUACCAACACUGAAGCUGGUCCUCCAAUGGAUAAUAGUGGCAAUAUUAUCUCUCCUGCUAUCAACUCUGAUGGAACGUGUGGUAAUGGUUGGGUGUGCGAGCACCGCUGGCGUCAGAUCUUCCAGAUGGUUCAAUUCAGGAAUGUAGCUGGCACCACAGGCCUCAACGACUGGUGGGACAACGGCGGCAACCAGAUCGCUUUCUGUCGCGGUGGCCAGGCCUUCAUCGCUUUCAACCUUGAGUACUGGGCGUUAAAUCAGAGCCUACAGACCUGCCUCCCAGCUGGUAGAUACUGUGACAUCGCCUCCGGUACUAAGAACGGUAACAGCUGCACUGGGAAGACGGUGACUGUCGGCAAUGAUGGCCGUGCCAACAUCAACAUCGGUCCCGACGACUACGACAUGUACUUGGCUAUCCACAGGGGUGCUGACUCACUACUCUAAGCUGAACGACCCGAGAGAAAUGAAGAUUACCUUGUAUUUAAUCUGAAAGUAUGUUUUCAAUGUUUUGACGUGUAAAUUGAUUUAUUGCUUACACUUCUUACUUAUUAUACAUUGAACUAAGUUUGAA